UAGGCCGGUCCGAUCCAUGCUGCAGAUCUUGGGUGGUCCUGGACGAUACCGACGCAGGCUCAAUCGCCUGUCAGCUGCGUCUUGGCCUCCGCUCCGGCACUAAAAGCGGCCCUGUUGUGCCCUCCACGUCAAGCGCGCUCGUCGUUCAGUCCCGACGUCCGCCUCUUUCGGUCUCCCCAGAAAACCCUCUCUCUCUCCUUCUCUCUCUCCCUUUUUCUUUCCUCUAUUUACCUCCUCCUGUCUCUCUGCUGUCGGUCGCUUUAUCGCUCAGCCUUUCGCCCCGGCUGACUCCUUUUUGAACUUUUCCGCCUCUUUCACCGACCCCGAGGAGUCCCGUUAUCGGCGGCUUCGUAGCACAGCGAUGAUGAUGGCGCAACCGUUUCCCGCCCCUCAAGGCAUCCCGCAGCAUCAUACUUUACCGCCAGGUCAUCCAAUGGCUCCUGGUCAACAUCCCAAUGCUCAUCCCGGGGCCGGAAUGGUGCAGGCGGUGCACCCAGGUGUGUCGGCUCCCGGAGGGCCUCAGGUCAGCCAAGGUGGACCUAUGAUGGCAGGCAUGCCCCCAGGUGCUGGAACAACGGGGCCUGGAGGGCCAGUGCAGGCUCAUGCUCUCUCCCAUCUGGGUCCGGCACAGGCACACAUGUUUCAGCAGCCUCAUUUUGCCCAACAAUUUGCCGGUAACCCACAACUUAUGCACCCGCAGCAGCAACAGGCAAUGAUGAGGCAACGUCUAAUUCUCCAGCAACAGCAGCAACAGCAGCAGCAUCAGCAGCAUCAGCAGCAACAUGGUGGACUUCCGGUAUCGUUACCCAACGGCAAUCCUGCCGGCCUAACUGCCGCUCAUGUCGCCGCCAUGCAAGCGAAUCAAGGAAUGCGACCCGUGAAUUUGCAGAUGCAGAUGCAGCAAAUGCCCCACGGACAAGCGCAGAAUAUCCAACAGCAGCAGCAGCAUCUCUUCGCCAUCCAAGCGGCCCAAGCGCAACAAGCCCAGCAUGUACAACAGGCUCAACACGCGCAGCAGGCACAACAGGCUCAGCAGGCUCAGGCCCAGCAAGCGCAUCAAGCCCAGCAAGUCCAGCAGGCGGCCACCCCGGUUCAACCUGGCCAGCAGACUCCGCAGCAACGGGCAGCCGCGCAACCGCAGAGCGUGCACGAUGCGCAAAGCGCAACGCCGCAACCCCAACAUGGCCCCCCACCACAUCAGGGGAGCGCGACUCCGCAACCGAAUCCGUCGCAGAUACCCACCACCCAGCCCCCGCAGCCGCAGCAGCAGCCUCCCGCUCCACAGCCGCAGCCCACCCCUAAUCCGCCUCCGCAACAACUGCCACAGUCGCAGCAGCCUGGUCCCCAACAGCAGCCGCCGCAGCAGCAGCCGCAGCCGCAACCACCACAAAGUCAGCAGGGGACUGUACAGGGACAACAACAACCUCCCAUGAUGUCCCAGGAGGCACAGCUGAAGGCGGCGCAGCAGCAGCAGCAGCAGAAUCCAGCCACGAUGAUGAUGCAACAGCAACCACGAAUACCAAUGAAAGGGGCCGCAAUUCUCCACCUGAAUAGCUUCGCAGAACACCUGAGCAGCUUCCAAAGCCGCGGUGAGGCACACGAUCUCGCCUACUGGCAACAGUUCGUGGGCCGGUUUUACGCUUCUGGAGGCGUCUUACGUCAGGGCGUCUACAACCAUCAGACGGGUUCGAAGCAAUUCGAGAUUGGCACGGUCGCACUGCCUCGCUACUACUACACCCAGUUCACGAGCGGUAUCCGCCAUAUCCAGAUGGUUGUGGAGGGGGCUCGGGAGCGGGACUUGCCGAACGGAGGUCACGUUGUGGAGAGCCCCAGAACUUCCUUCAUCUACUGGUUCACCAACGAUACUCAGCUCUUUGCCAACGGAACGAUGACGGCACAUUUUGACAUGAACAACAAGAUCGAGAUGCUAGAUAUCGUUAUGUUGAAUCAUACCGAGUAUCUGCCUCGCAGCCAGCUACAGGCCCUAGAACAAGCAGCAGCAGAACUACCAAAGCAGAGUCCCAAGGUUACCAAGAAUGCGGGCAAGCGUGGCCAGCAGAAGCAGCCGCCACCGCCCGCGGCUACCUUGCCCGAAUCAAUGGUGACUUUGAACGGUGUACCGGGUGCUGUCAUGCAAUUCAUGGAGGUCUCGGAGACGAUCGCAUCUAUGCAAUUCUUGAUGCAGUUCUCCCAGCAAAACCCUCAAUUGACACCGUGGGAAUCGUUGCGCAACCUGGUGAAUUCGAUGCAGAACCAAGUACCUAAUCCUGCCUUCAUGCCCCUCCAAAUGAACCCGGCCAUGCAACAAGGUCAGCCCCGCGCCCCCAGCAUGAGCGCUCCGAACCAAUUCGCCUCCCCAGCCAUGGCUCAUCUGGGUCUACCUCCUGCUCAAGGGUCUCCCCAUCUGAGUGUCUCUGGUCAUCCCAGCCCUGCACCAACCCACCUGGCCGGACCUCCGAUGCCGCAGGGUCAAGUGCAGGGCAAUGGUCCGCAAGUGACCAGUGCAAGUGCUAGUCCCAACGUGGGAACCAAGCGGCGUCGGGCCAGCACGGUGAAGGUGGAAAAUGAUGAUAAUGGACCGGAUUUGAACGGGGCGCCGGGACCUGUGCCAGCCAAGGUGAAGGCCAGUCCACGCGUGGGCGCGAAGAAGCAAAAAGGGGGCGCUUAAUCUUAGAGUAAUUGUGGUUUGGGUUACUUUUUGUCGCUUGUCAUCUCAUAUCAUUGCAGUCUCACCAGGCGGGAAUCGGCGUACCUUGAGGAUACUGUGCGAGGCUUCUCUUUCUCCGAUGCUUUUCUUCUCAUCUGCCGGUGUCUUUUUUUCUUUGUCUCCUUGGCCGCCAUUGAACAUACGUGCUGGGUUCGGGUGCUAUAUGCUAUUGUUUCUGCGGGGCUGGCUCGAUAUGGAUCAGGUUUCA